CGCCUGAGCAAAGUAAGAGAAGCACCAUGGUAGGAACACCCUACUGGAUGGCCCCUGAGGUGGUCACACGGAAAGCAUAUGGGCCCAAAGUGGACAUUGGUCCUUGGGUAUCAUGGCCAUUGAGAUGGUAGAAGCGAAACCUCCUUAUCUCAAUGAAAACCCUCUGAGGGCGCUGUACCUCAUCGCUACUAAUGGCACCCCAGAGCUGCAGAACCCGGAGAAACUGUCACCCAUUUUUAGAGACUUCCUAAACCGCUGCCUCGAGAUGGAUGUGGAGAAAGAGAGGCGGAGGAAAAGAACUCUUGCAGCAUCCUUUCCUCAAGCUGGCGAAGCCUCUCUCCAGCCUCACUCCUCUUAUACUUGCUUCCAAGGAGGCAAUGAAGAGUAACCGUUAGCCAAUGCCCAAAUUCCUUCUCGCAACCGAUUCCUGUGAAAAUCUCUAUCACUCCAGCAGAGUCCCCCUUCUAGUCCGUGAAGGACCUUUGCUAUUCAGCCCCGAGGACCCUUUUCAUCUCCACCCGGGCGACUAACUUGCACAAUCACCAUGUCUUGCCUCCUCACACCAAACUCUCUUUUAAUGUGCCUUAAGGGGCUACAAAACCAGAGGAGCCAAUGACUGUAGACCUCUCUUGUUUUCUACUGAUGUUUCUCAUUGUAUUUGUUUAAUGUAAACUGUUCAGACACCAUUGCAUUGGUCAGUGUGUACCUGAACAUUUCAAAUUUCUCUUGUAUUUUAAUUCAUUUUGAGUAUUGUUGAACUCUGGCCUAACAAAGUACUUUUUCCCUUUUUUACCAUCAAGAGAAGUAUUCUAAUACUUAAACUGUCCCAUU